AUGGAAACACGAAGCAACUUCCAAGAGCUGCCCAGCGAACCACACGGAAUAUUCUGGGAAGAAAACUUCAUCACCGCCGAACACGAGCAACACCUCAUCAGCAUCUUCACCAACGAGCUAGAAUGGCCAGACCGACCAGGUCGCGUAUCACUACACUACGGCUACAGCUUCGACUAUAAAACCUUCGGGAUAGACCCGGAAAUCCCAUACAAGGAAUUCCCCUCCUGGCUCAAACCUCUCAUCCCAACCACCGAAGACAGAGCCCCAGACCAAGUCUGUCUGCAGUACUAUCCUCCCGGCGCGGGCAUCCCUCCGCACGUAGAUGCCCACAAGCCCUAUGACCAGCUCUACGCGUUAUCGCUCGGUGCGCCGGCUAUGAUGGUCUUCCGUCAGGGCGAUCGGCGGAUUGAGGUCGAUUUGUCGCCGAGGAGCAUGAUGAAGAUGAGUGGUGAUUCGAGGCUGCAUUGGACUCAUGGGAUUAGGAAGAGGAAGAAUGAUACGUUGCCGGAUGGUACGGUUAGGCCGAGGGGGAAGCGGUGGAGUAUUACUUAUCGCUGGCUUAGGGAUGGGGAGUGUGAAUGUGGGAAUUUGGAAUUGUGUGAUACUGCUCAGCGCAGAAAUGGGAUUGAGAAGGAGAAGAGGUCUUUGAAGGCUCUGGAGAAUGCUGCGCUCAAGGAGUCGGUUGUAUAA